UCGUACAUCACUUCUCUCCUCAUAAACCACAUUGGAAAUUUAGUAGGUUGUGAAUAUUUUUCUUCAAAAAUUACUAUGAUUUUCUGUAAUCUCAAAUUUGGUUCAUUUUGAUUAUUUUGGGGGUCCUUUGAACGGAAUAUUCGACGACCGAUUCAACCCGCAAGAGUGUAAAGGAAAUUCCUGAAAUUGUCUUCACUUUUCUAAAAUUGUAGCAGCAAAAUGCUUCACGAAAUUAGAGAAAUUUCCAGAUUCCGGGCCCCCCUGUUUUGUCGUCUACCUUCUGCAUCUUUGGGAAUUUACACAACAACUUCACUCAUCGUCUGCAAAGGGAAGCCUUAUGUUUUGAAUUUUAUUCAUCUUCCAACACUUUUGCCUUUCAUUUAACAAACCCAUCUCACUUUUUCAUUGAUCUCGCAUUGGAUUGCAAAUUUGGUAAUCUGGGUUUGAUUCAUGUUAAUUCCAAUACUUUAAUGGCGAUUAAAAACCCAGUUAUUGAAGUAUAUUUAAUAACAAGAAUAAUAAAAGUUAGGGUUUAAAGAUUUGCUUCAAUAUUUUCUUCCAUGUUGAUGUUCAUUGAGUUGUAACAAUAUUUCCAAAGAACAGCAAAAGCUUACUUAAUGGAUGGUUUAAGAUGGUGUUAGAGUACAGCCAUAUGUUCGAGCCCUAAGUUGAUGUUUCUUUCUUUAAUUAAUAUUGAUUUUUAGUUGUUGUGUUAUUUAUAUUUCAAGCCCACAAGUUAGAAAUUGAUUUUCUCUGGUUGUGUUCUUUAUAUUUCAAAUCCAUAAAGUGCCAAAAGUUGUCAGAUAAUAUAUAAUUAACCUGUCGAAUCAAUUGGUGAUUUAAGAGUAAGGGUAUUCCUCGUAUUUCCAAUUUUUAUAUUUUAAUAUUAACUUUGAAGUAUUAAAAUAUAAAUAAUGCUUUAUUUUUAUUAUAUUCUAGCUUUGACCGUGGUUGUGCCCUUCAAAACCCACAUAUGAUUUCUUGCAAAUAAGGAAAUGGGUUGUCUAUAAUUUGUGCUUGCAUUUUUCGAAAAUUGGAAAUUUCUGAAGUACUUUUGAGCUUGGUCAUGGAUAAUAACUAGAAAGGGCCCAUAUGUUUGCAGUCUACAUAUUUGUAAAUAAUGAUAGUCCGAAACUGCUAUGAAAUAAUCAAUCUUUCGUGGUGGUUGGAAUUGGAACUUAUAAAGUUGGUUGUCAAGAUUUCUGGAUCAUUUUUUUAGAGAGUCAAAGCUCUUGAGGGUAAAAUUGAAUAUGAUUUAGUGCUGCCUACUUGAAUUCUUGGAACUUAGACAUUUGGUUUCUAAAAGUGAAUUAAAAAAAUGACUUUUCCUAGUUGGAAAGAAAAGUAUAAAGAGUUGGUAGGGGUUCUUGCUACACUAUAUAUAUUGGGAGGGAGAUAGUCAUUCUCACAAGAAAUGGGAAAUCUUCUCUUUUUGUUUUCUUUCUUGUUGUUUGCUCUGAUGGUUUCUGGAAACCAUGAAACUGGAAGAAAUGCGAGUGCAACAAUGAUUGUUGGUGAAAAGGGUAGAAUAGGGGCCAUUGUAGAUGUGAGUUCCAGGAUUGGCAAGGAAGAGAUUUUAGCUAUGCACAUGGCUAUAGAGGAUUUUAACUCCUUGAGCAAUCAAAAUUUCAGUCUUGUCAUUAGAGACUCCAGAAAUGACCCCAAUCUUGCAGCUCUUGCAGCUAAAGAUCUCAUAACUGUACAACAAGUUCAGGCUCUAAUAGGGCCACAAACUUGGGAAAUGGCAUCCGUAGUUGCUGAGGUUGGAAAUGAGAAUCAGAUUCCGGUACUAGCAUUAGCUAAUGAAAUACCAAAAUGGGCAACCGAGAGGUCCAAAUUUUUGGUCCAGGCUUCUCCUUCUCAGUUAAAUCAAAUGAGGGCUAUAGCUGGUAUUGUCAGUUCAGGGGACUGGCAUCUAGUCAAUGUUAUAUAUGAAGAUAGUGAUCUCUCAACCAAUGGAGUAUUUCUUUAUCUUGUACAUGCCCUCAAAGAUGUAGGAGCUGAAGUAGGUCAAUUUGUCGGUCUCUCACAGUUUGAUUCUGACUUAUUUUCAGAACUGGAAAAGCUAAGAAGAGGGUCAAGCAGAAUUUUUGUAGUUCAUAUGUCUUUCAAGUUGGCACUGCGUCUAUUUGAGAUAGCAAACGAGAUGGGAAUGAUGGGAAAGGACUAUGUAUGGAUCACCACUGAUUCUUUCACAAGCCUUGUACAUUCUUUCAAUGUUUCUAUCAACUCUAUACUACAAGGAGUUGUUGGAGUCAAGAGCUACAUCUCAGAAAGAAAUCCUCCAUAUCAUGAAUUUUAUCUUCGAUUUUGUCAAAGGUUUAGAUUAGAGCAUUUUGAUGAGCACAACAACGAGCCCGGUGUUUUUGCAGUGCAGGCAUAUGAUGCUGCAAAGACAGCAGCUUUGGCAAUGAGUGAAAUCCAAGAUAAGGGUAAUGACUUGUUAGAUAAAAUAAAGCUCACAGACUUUCAAGGACUUGGUGGAAAGAUUCAGUUUAAGGAUAGAAAAUUAGCCCCAGCCGAUACUUUUCAGAUCAUCAAUGUGAUUGGUAGAAGUUAUAGGGACCUAGGCUUCUGGUCUGAUAAAUUAGGCUUCUCGCAAGAUUUGCAGGAAAAUUCAUCUUCUAGCUUGUUGAUGAAGGAACUUGAUAACGUGUUUUGGCCAGGUGGAUCUUUGAAAACUCCAAGGGGAUGGGUUGUACCAACAGAUUCCGCCCCUUUGAGAAUUGGGGUGCCAACUAAUUCCAUGUUCAAACAGUAUGUACGUGUGGAAGAAGAUCCUACGGGAAACAAUUUAACCUUCAAUGGACUUGCAAUUGAUCUGUUUAAAGCAAUGCUAGACUACCUUCCGUUUGCUCCACAUGUCUUCUGCCCUUUCAACGGAACUUAUAAUGAUUUAGUGAAAGAAAUCUACUUGAAGAAUUUUGAUGCAGCUAUAGGUGACAUAGCAAUAACCACAAAACGCAUAGGACACGCAGAAUUUACACAUCCCUACUCUGAAGUAGGACUGGUGAUGAUAGUUCCUACCAGAAAAGACACAAGCAACAAAGCAUUGUUGUUCACAAAGCCCUUUACAGUGACCAUGUGGAUUCUAAUUGCUGUGGUAACUGCCUACAAUGGCUUUGUCGUGUGGUUCAUAGAACGAAAUCACUGUCCUGAACACCAAGGUUCAAUGUUUGAUCAAGCUGGAGCCAUGCUUUGCUCAUCCUUCACCACUCUCUUCUCCUUGCAUGGCAAUAGGCUGCAUAGUAACUUAUCACGAAUGGCUAUGGUGGCCUGGCUAUUUACGGCACUUGUGAUAACUCAGACAUACACUGCCAAUCUUGCUAGCAUGCUCACUGUUCAAAAGUUGGAAGCGUCGAUAUCAAAUAUCGAGACUCUCCAGAAAAUAAAUGCAUCUGUAGGAAACGGCAAAGGAACCUUUGUCAAGACAUAUCUGGAAGAAGUUUUAGACUUUCCUGCCGAAAGUAUAAAAAGCUACACUACCCCUAACGACCUAGUUGACGCUCUCAGAAACAAGGAAAUAGCAGCAGCAUUUCUUGAAGUCCCUUUUGCAAAGUUAUUCCUUGCAAGGUUUUGCAAGGAAUUCAUGAUUGCUGGACCAACCUACCUUAUCGGAGGAUUUGGAUUCGCAUUUCCAAGAGGCUAUCCGCUGUUACGAGAUGUUGACAAAGCACUGCUUAAGGUAUCUGAAAGUGGGAAGUAUAGAAAGUUGGAGGAAAGCAUGAUUGGUAGUGAGAAAUGUGAGGAUACGGAUGUAAAAGAUGAAAGUUCAAGCCUUAGCCCCAACAGCUUCUUUAUACUAUUUGUAUUGAGUGGAGGAGUAUCAACCAUAGCAUUAACAUUGUACACUAUCAGUGCUCAUAAAUCUUGUGUUCAACAGAACGCUAUUUGGAGACUAAUGUUGGCUGUAAUUAAGCGCUGGAGAAAUCACAACAGAGGAUUUUCUCGCCGAGUAAGCGACCUUCCACAAACCGAACUGAAGAACUGCCCAAAGGCUACAAACUUGCAAAUUCAGGUCUAGAAAAAUUUGCACAGAUUUGCCUAGAUGAUUAACAAAUUUGCACAGAUUGAUGAUAUAUAGAAAUUAAUUCUUUUUUUUGAAAAGUUGUAGAGAUCAAAUUUGCACACUCCAAUGAUAUGUUCUAAUAUCUUUGACAUUUAUGCUUACUGACUGCUCUCAUUCAUUCUC